CACAAUCUCACACUCUCUCUCUCACACAUUCUCUCUCACUCUCUCUCACACACACACGCUCUCACACACAGAAGGUGAACCACACAGAAGAACUUCAGAAAGGACAGCCAUGCCUUUGCCACCCUUCCUCCUCCUCCUCCUCCUCUCCGAAGGUCAGAGGUCAGAUCCGGGGGUGAGGGCUGAGGGGGGGACGGCGUGCGGCUGUGACGCGCGUCAGGUGUGUGACUGCUCCUCCAGGAACCUGACCCUCAUCCCCCAGGUCCCUCUCCACGUCGUCGCCCUCGACCUCUCCCUCAACUGCAUCGUCGCGGUGACCAACGCCGACCUCGCCGCCUACGCCCACCUGACCAUUCUGCGUCUCCAAGGCAACCACCUCCGGAGCGUGGCGGGGAGGGCGUUCCGGUCGCUAGGGAGACUGGAGCGUCUUGACCUGUCGGCCAAUCGGUUGGCCAACCUGAACGCUGACUGGUUCACAGGGCUGCUGUCUCUCACUCACCUUAACCUGCUGGACAACCCCUACAGGUCCCUGGGCCCCCGCCCCCUGUUCCAGGGCCUGCUGUCCCUACGGACCCUCCGUCUGGGGGGCCCCUCCCUGGAGGAGAUCCGGGGCCACGACCUGGCAGGGGUGGGCCGGCUGGACUCCUGGAGCUACGCCAACCACCUCCGCCACUACGACCCGGGUUCCCUGUCCCGGCCCUGGCCCCUGGGCGCGGCCACCCUCAGCCUGCGGGAGCCCUUCCUGACCAACCAGACGCUGGCGGAGGCUGUCCUGGACGACGUGUCGUACCCGGAGACGCCGCUGACCCUGUGCGACCUCCAGAUGGCCGGGAACAUGUCGGUGCGUCCGCUUGCCGCUGUGGCACGGCGCCGCGUGCGCUCACUGUCGCUAAGCAACACCUCGCUGUCGGAUGAAACAUUGGUCAACUUCCUGGAGGUGACGGAUGGGGCGCCGCUCAGCUUCGUGUCGCUGCAGGAUGUAAGGUUGGUGGGGACGGGGCACCUGGAGCAAGCGCGGAAGACACAGCAUGUGGGGUUUGACACGUUCUACCUGAGGAACGUGGAGAUCGUCAACCUGUACCACUUCAGCUCCAUGCGGCAGCUGGGGUUCCUGCUGCAAUAUCCCCGACAGCUGUCUGUCAUCAAGGCUAAGGCCUACAUCCUCCACUGCUUCACCUCUGUCCUCCUGACCAACCUCCAGUACCUGGACUGGAGUGAGAACCUCCUGACCGACCACACCCUGGCAGAGAUGCUCUGCCACGGGGCUGGCAUCCUCCGGAACCUCCGGGUCCUCAACGUCAGCUCCAACGCCAUCCAGUCCCUGGCCUUGGCCGGCCGCCUGGUGGCACGCCUGGACAGGCUCACUCACCUGGACCUCAGCGGGAAUGCCCUGGCCUCCAUGCCCGGGGCCUGCUCCUGGCCGGCCUCCCUCAGGUUCCUCAACCUCUCCUGGGCCUCGCUGCGGAGGGUCACCCCCUGCCUGCCAAGCACCCUGGAGGUGUUGGACCUGAGCCACAAUGACCUGACCAGCCUGGGUGUGGUGCUUCCCAGGCUGAGAGAGCUGCUCCUCUCUGGGAACAAGAUGCUGGCUCUGCCCUCCCCCUGGAAGACCCCCAACUUGGAGCUGCUGGUCGUCACCACCAACGCCCUCAGCGACUUCUCCCCCAACGACCUACGACCUUUCGGGCGUCUGCGAGAGCUGCAGGCCGGCGGAAACAAUUUCCUGUGCUCCUGCUCCUUCGUGGCGUUCAUGGCGACGGCGUUGUCCGGGGCGACAGUGGAGGGGACGGGAGCGGGAGGUGUGGGGGUGCGUCUCACUGACGAUCCGGACAGCUACGUCUGUGACUCUCCGCUGUGGGUGCGGGGCGAGAAGGUGGGCGGGGUGAGGUUCUCGGUGGUGGACUGUCACCGACUGGCGUUCGUGGCAUCUCUGUGUGGCCUGUCCCUCCUCACCGCCGGCCUCCUCGCCGCCCUCCUCCACCGGCUGCACGUCCUCUGGUACCUCCGGAUGAUGUGGGCGUGGCUAUCUGCCAACCGCAGCGCCAGGCGCCGCCGCUGUCGCCAAGACCGCAGCCGUCUCCUCGGCAACGACGACGCCAUCAGCGACUCCUCGCGGUUUAGCUACGACGCUUUCGUCUCCUACAGCGAGCAGGACGCCGACUGGGUGGAACACUUCCUGGUUCCGGAGCUUGAAGAGGACUCCAGCUCCCAGGAUGCACCUCUGUCCCUCUGCCUCCACAAGAGGGACUUCCUGCCGGGCAAGUGGAUUGUCGACAACAUCCUCAUCGCCAUGGAGAACAGCCGGCGCACCGUCUUCGUCCUGUCGGGGCACUUUGUGCGGUCGGACUGGUGCCGCUACGAGCUGGAGUUCUCACACCUGCGGAUGUUCCAGGGCGACCAGGACGAGGCGGCCAUCUUGGUUCUGCUGGAGCCGCUGGGGGAGAAGGACGUCCCCCGCAGGUUCUGCCGGCUCAGGAGGAUGAUGAGCUCCAGAACCUUCCUGCAGUGGCCCCGGGACGAGCAGGGGAGGGAGGAGUUCUGGAGCAGCCUGAGGGCUGCUGUGAGGGGGAGGGACUGAACACACACACGUGUACACACACACACACACCUGUACACACACAGGAGCAUGCAAGCAGAUUGACACAGAUCAUUUCUUUCUACCGAGGGUACGCCUGCCAGCCCUGUUUGAUGACCCCCUAUCCUGACCCGAACACACGGCCACAGAAUACAUUUAAUGUGGCCCUAAACAGAACAAGGGUCAAGAUAGAAAUGACCUUUGGAAUCUUGAAAGCACGCUUCAACUGCCUGCGUGGCCUCCGAGUGGCCCCAAACCGGCUGGUCAGAUGGUGACAUCCUGUGUCGUACUCCACAAUGUGGCCUCCAUACGAAGGGAGAGCGCCCUGUCAGUGAGUCAGCAUCCCCCAGAAGUGGGAGACCCCAUCACCCUUCACUACCCUACUGGCAGGGCCGUGAGAGACGCUAUAAAGCAGCAGUUUUUUGUUUGAGGGAAGACAGGGUAAGCCAUUAUUCUUUACAUUUAAUCAUUUAGCAGCAUUCUUUACUUUUCAGUUGGGCUAUUUUUGUUCCAUAGCAUUUGAGCUAUAUAGAUUUUAUUUGUGUCCUUGGCCAAGGCACUUCACCCUACUUGCCCUGGGGGAAUGUCCCUGUACUUACUGUAAGUCACUCUGGAUAAGAGCGUCGGCGAAAUGAAAACAUGUAAAUGUAUUUAAUGGCUGUUGCCACCAUAUUCUGAUUAUGAAAUGAUGAAAGCGAUAUCCAAAGUGCCCUCUUUAGAAACUUUGGACUCUAAUAUGCUGACAAAAUGAAACAAGGAUUUACAUUCUGUCUUCAUACAAUGUUAUGAUUUACGUUCUUGAAAUGUAUGCAAAUAUAUCAUAUAUCAAUGUAUGCAUACUGUAUAUAUCAUAUUUUACAACUUA